AGCUGGAGAGCAGCCCAUACAAUGCCAGGCUACCAACUUCAGAGAUUUAUGACUUCUGAAAGGGACAGUUGUUCUCAAUUGGUUUCCAGUUUAUAUAUCCCCUCAUCCAAACCACAAGCAGGAUGGCGGAAUCAACCCUAGUCUUGCCAUAUGAGCCUGCUCCCCUGACAGAAUUUCACUGCUUGAACAAUUUGCCAAUCGAAAUCAGACAAAGCAUCUGGUAUCAUUGUCUCCCGGGCCCACGGAUUCACCGCAUCUGCUGGACAGACCCAAACAAAUCCUCACGAUCCUCAUGCAUCAGCCCAACAGUCAUGUUCGUGUGCCAAGAAUCUCGGAGAGAAUCCCUACACCAUCUCAAAAAACUAUCUCUACCAUCAAUCUUCAGCUCCGGUACGAAAAGCACACCUGAAGGCUGCAUAUCUCGAUGUUACUUCAACCCCAGACUCGACACACUCUUCCUCACCUCGCCAGCUCAUCCAUCGAUGCGUUUCUCCCCAUGGCUACAACCAUGGCUCAAUGGUCUGAACGACACUGAUUUCAGUAUUGUGGAAAGCAUUGCAAUUGAUCGCACAUGGCUAGAGCCCUUCCCUCCUGUCACAGGGCCCGUCCUGCAACUCGGCGAGCUUGUUCGACGUCUCGGCAACGUGCAAGUCGUUCAUGUAGUGAGUUUGAACUCCUACUGGAGUAUGCAACCCUGGACCAUGUGGAAAGAAAUUGGACUUGUGCCUGGGAAUUUGCGGGCUGAAUUCUUCUGGGUUGAUAUGGAGGAGGUGAAGAAGAGGCCUGCUGGGGGGUAUACUUGUAUUUGGGCGGACUGGGGGGAGAAUAGUCAGAUGACGAGGGCGGGGAUUGAUGUGCUGAGUUUGGAUGGAGAGGAUGCGAAUGCGAGGCUUAAGGAUGUGAUGAGGAGGUUGGAGGUAGAGAGAGAGAAAUAUCCCACAGGCUGGUCCAUGCCGAGGCUUCAGCUAGAUUUUGUGAGGUAUGAUAGAGUGAAGAGGGAGGAUAGGCCGUUGACGGUGGUGAAGAGUAGUUCGACUGGAGGAAGCACUCUUAAUGCCGUGCUAGCUGUGCUCCCUUCUCUCCCUUCCAUCAACAAGUGGGUUGGUCGUGGGUAACUUGUGGCAGGCUGCGUUCGAGUGGCCGUCAUUGCAACGUCCCGAAAUCUGUUUCUGGGAACAAAAGGAGCAGUCAACUGGCAGAGUUGGAUUGAUCUGUUUUUUAUUAGCACAUGAAAGGCUAGGCUUGAGCAGCUCCGAAGCAUGGAAGCGGUGGGAGGUUAAUGAUUGUUUGUUCAAU